UUACAUUUAGCAGAUAUAUUCAAAUUUUAAAUUUUAUCUAUUGCACUUUUGUACUGUAUCUAAUAAUCCAAUAGAAAAGUUAUACAUUGUGACCAAUUAUUCUAAAACAAGAUUCGGAUUAAGACUUUGGUACUUACCAGAAAUUCGCACUUAAUUGUCCACAAAAUAUUUAAAUGUCUAUAAAAAAUUAUAUAUUUUUUUGCGAGGAUAAUUGUUACCAACGUUACAUUUCACUGUUUAAUUAUGAUAUAUUACUAUAUGAGAUCCGAAAAUAUAAAUUUUUCAGAAAAAAACAAAUAAAAAUCAAAACCCAAUUUAUGAAUAUUUGAGAUCGACAACAGGAUGUAAAAAAGAAUGAAGAAUUAAUGAAUUAUUUCGCAGAUGUAACAAGUACAUAAGGUUUAUAUUUAAACAAAUAGGAAAAGUCUUUAUUAAUUAGUAAACAGUCGAGUACGUUCUUUUCGAGUUUCCUAUUAUAAUUUAUCAACUUCACCAUAACAUUUAGUCACGUCAUAAUUAUUCUGUUAAUUUUAACCACAAUAUAAAAUAAUCAUUUUAAUCGUAAAUUAGCACAGUAUGCAACAUUUUGUCGUCGGAACGUCACAGCUUAACAUGAACGUAUUUCUGAACAUAUUAUUAUUAUUUGAUUUAGUUUUUAAUUGUGAAUUCUGUAUGAAAAAUAAUUUUGAGAGAGGUCGCGUUCACAGGUUUGUUGGGAAUGAUACUGAUACAGUUAAAAAUGUGCCACUUAACACAUCUGUAACCUGUCAAAGGGAUAUUCCAGUCAAAUUACAUUCUAAUGAAUUAAGACUCGUAAAAAAAAGUGAUAUGAUGAAAAACAUCUUUUAUGAAUACAAUAUUAGUGAAAAUUACUAUAUAAUAAAUGAAACAAGACAAUUUACAUUUUUUAUGUAUCCACAAAAAUGCAUUUGGUUUGCUGUUUACCUUUGUGAUAAAUGUGAUAUAAAUGUCUCAUAUGAAUAUAGAAUAUUUGACUAUUUUCAGAUGAAAUGUCAAAAUUCCAGAAUUCAUGUAUUUAAUUAUUGUACAACAUAUAAUGGUUGGCAGUUUUUUCUUUCAACCCGUUACUUUGGAACAAAAUUCGGAUUAAGAUUUUGGCACUUAUCAGAAAUUUACGCCUACUCACCUGUAAAAUAUUGUGGAAAUAAUAUAACCCAUGAUAUGGAAUUAGAUGAUCUAGUUUCUACCAGUAAAAUACUUUUUAACUCAAAAAAAUUGGAAAAUAAAUGUAAACAGAACUGUAUAAUUUGUUUUCAUGGUAACUGUUCUGAACAUAGAGCCCCACAGUGUAAUUAUGAAUAUUUAUAUAUUCUUAUUUUAAUCCCAAUUAUUUUCUUCAUAAUCGUGGUAUUUUAUUGUCUGACACAAAAGUGCAAGAUGAAAUUAGAUUCGGAAAUAUACUACAAGUUUUUUAGAAAAAAUAACUCUACAAAUAAUGAUGAGCAACAUCUUUAUGAAUAUGUUCGACAUGAUAAUGAAAAUGACGAAGAUGGAUAUUUGAAAGCGUUAACAAAAGAUGCAACGGAUGAAGAGUCUGAAAAUUCGGGAAAAUACUACAAAUUUUUUAGAAAAAAUGACUCUGCAAACAAUGAUAGGCCACAUCUUUAUGAUUAUAUUCGACGUCAUAAUGAAAACGACGAAGAUGGAUUUGAGAGUGUUAACGAGGUGUACAAGGGAUGAAGAACCUGUAAAUAAUUACGCAGACGUUGUAAACCCAUAAGACAUAUUCAAACAUUUAAUUUAUGUUUUGAUUUGGUUUUCAUUAAACAAAUAGAAAAUGUUAUUAUUAAUUAAUAAAACCUCUAAUUCUUUCA